UAGAGUGUAAAAUUCCGUCUGAAGCUGGAUCUGAAAUGGGUCUUCUCAGCAUCAUUCGAAAAAUCAAAAGGAAGGAGAAAGAAAUACGUAUACUCAUGGUCGGGCUUGACAAUUCUGGAAAAACUACGAUUGUGCUGAGGAUUAAUGGGGAGGACACCAGCGUCGUCAGUCCCACUCUCGGCUUCAACAUCAAGACCCUCACUUACCAAAAAUAUACACUUAACAUAUGGGAUGUUGGGGGUCAGAAAACCAUACGAUCUUAUUGGAGGAACUAUUUUGAACAAACUGAUGGUCUUGUUUGGGUGGUUGACAGUUCUGAUCUUAGAAGAUUAGAUGACUGCAAAAUGGAGCUUGAUAAUCUCUUGAAGGAAGAGAGGCUAUCAGGAUCGUCCUUAUUGAUACUAGCAAAUAAGCAGGACAUAAAAGGUGCCCUUACUCCAGAAGAAAUUGCCAAGGUUUUGAACUUGCAGGCUAUGGAUAAAACUCGACACUGGAAUAUUGUUGGCUGCAGUGCAUACACGGGUGAGGGACUGCUUGAGGGAUUUGAUUGGUUGGUUCAAGACAUUGCCUCUAGGAUCUAUGUGCUUGACUAAUGUGUAUGUUCUGUACUUCUACAUUUGUUAGUGUAUUAUGUGAUUUUGAGUCAUGUUUCAGUGAACACUAGACAAUCAUCCAAGUAUAUAGAUGCAGUUGACUGCAGUUUCCAGUUUGUGUUGAA